CCAAGCAAAGAAUACAGAAGUUGGUGAGAAAUUGCCCAGAGUAAUUUGUUAUGACAAUGGAUACAAUACGCUGUUAUUUCAUAUUUUUGGUCAUGUUUCUUGGAGCAGGAAUUCACAUAUCAAUCGCGUUGCAGUGCGACUGCCAGUGGUGUAGUAACAGUACCUGCUACACGGAUGGCCUGUGCUUUGUGUCCUUUGUCAAGUCGGGCAGUAAGAUGGUGGCACAGGGGAGCAGGUGUUUACUGGAAGCAGACCUCAUCCCUAAAGACAGGCCGUUCUUCUGCGCCCCUUCCAAGAAGGAGAACACUGGUGUUGUCCCUGUCUGCUGCAACAGAGACAUGUGUAACAAAGACCUCAACCCAGAAGACUACUCAGAGACAUUCCCCACAGCCCGUACCCCUCCACUGAGCCCAGUGACCCUGGCGGCCGUCAUCGCGGGGCCGGUGUGUAUGCUGUGUUUCGUGCUGCUACUGGUGUUCUAUGUGUGCCACAGCCGCUCGAUUAUCCACCACCGCGUGCCCAACGAGGAAGACCCUGCCAUGGACCACCCCUUCCUGGCUGACGGCCACACCCUCAAAAACCUCAUCUACGACAUGACCACCUCAGGCUCUGGAUCAGGUCUGCCCCUAUUGGUGCAGAGGACCAUAGCCAGGACCAUCAUCCUGCAGGAGAGCAUCGGAAAGGGGAGGUUCGGGGAGGUGUGGCGGGGCCGCUGGCGAGGAGAGGAGGUGGCCGUUAAGAUCUUCUCAUCCCGGGAGGAGCGCUCGUGGUUCCGUGAGGCCGAGAUCUACCAGACAGUCAUGCUUCGCCAUGAAAACAUCCUGGGCUUUAUUGCCGCUGACAACAAAGAUAACGGCACGUGGACCCAAUUGUGGCUGGUAUCAGAUUACCAUGAGCACGGCUCCCUUUUUGACUACCUGAACAGGUACACGGUGACAGUGGAGGGCAUGAUCAAGCUGUCCCUGUCCACCUCCAGCGGCCUGGCUCACCUGCACAUGGAGAUUGUUGGCACGCAAGGUAAACCUGCCAUCGCCCACCGCGACCUGAAGUCUAAGAACAUCCUGGUGAAGAAGAAUGGUACUUGCUGCAUCGCUGACCUGGGAUUGGCUGUCCGGCAUGACUCUGCCACUGACACCAUCGACAUCGCCCCCAAUCACAGAGUUGGAACCAAGAGGUACAUGGCCCCUGAAGUCCUGGAUGACUCCAUAAACAUGAAGCAUUUUGAGUCAUUCAAGCGGGCAGAUAUCUAUGCCAUGGGCCUGGUGUUUUGGGAGAUCGCACGGAGAUGCUCAAUAGGAGGUAUCCACGAGGACUACCAGCUGCCCUACUAUGACCUGGUCCAGCCAGACCCCUCGGUUGAGGAGAUGAGGAGGGUGGUGUGUGACCAGAAACUACGGGCCAACAUCCCCAACAGGUGGCAGAGCUGCGAGGUGCUGCGAGUGAUGGCUAAGAUCAUGAGGGAGUGUUGGUACUCCAACGGGGCGGCCCGCCUCACCGCGCUGCGCAUCAAGAAGUCCCUGUCCCAGCUCAGCCAGCAAGAGGGCAUCAAGAUGUAGACUAGAGGGUCAAGACUACCUGUCUGUCUGGACUUUCUUUCUGUCCCCAUCGCUAUGUGCUGUUCUCUUCGACAUCUCUUUCUCUGAAGAGGAAGGGAGGGGAUAGUACAAUUCAGGUGGGUGUGUGUACCUUUCAAUGUCUCAUUCCUUCAAGGCUGAUUGGAGAUUGCUUCUCUGCUCUUCUCUGUUCUCCUCUGAGAUUGCAUCAGGACAUGGGUGGAUUCUGGAUAACAUUCUAGACUCUGGAUGCAGAGACACAACCUCCUGUCCCUCCCGUUGUUUUGCCUGACUGUAUCCAUCUCUUCUUUCUUUACCCCAUGCAAGAAACGCUGGACUUUAUUGGAACCUCCUGUAGGAAUUCCAUUGCAAAUAUCCUGAAUCAAAGAAAAUAUGCAUUGAAAGAAAUUCUAAAUUUUGAUAUACCUCUCAAGGUCAGUGUCUAUUUAAGUGUUUUGUUUAAACAUGAUUAAGUGUUACUUAUAUGAAUUUCUUGAUUUCACUUCAUAUCUUUCACCUUAAAAUGUUUAUUUUACAGAUGCCAGAUCCAUAUUUUUUUAUGUGUUUUGUCAAGCAAAACAGAACAUGACCUCAUUAAGCUUUGUCAAAUAUGCAGUGAAAUAUGCAAUAUCUUGUUCAUUGCUAUGUAUAUAUGUUCCUUAAAGUGUAUACAGUGUAUACAGACAGUAUUCAGACCCCUUGACUUAUUCCACAUUUGUUACGUUACAGCCGUAUUCUAAAAUUGAUUAAAUUAUUUUUUCCCCACUGAUCAAUCUACCGUACACACAGUACCCAUAAUGACGAAGCAAUUUUUCUGUAUGAAUGUUUGCAAAUGUAUAUUUAAAAAAAACUUGGAUGGGGAGUGUUGCUGCACAGCUAUUUUCAGGUCUCUUCAGAAUUGUUUGAUCGGGUUCAAGUCCGGGCUCUGGCUGGGCCACUCAAGGAUAUUCACAGACUUUUCCCGAAGCCACUCUUGCAUUGUCUUGGCUCUGUGCUUAGGGUCCUUGUUCGGUUGGAACGUGAACCUUCGCCCCAAUUUGAGGUCCUGAGCACUCUGGAGCAGGUUUUCAUCAAGGAUCUGUCUGUACUUUGCUCUGUUCAUCUUUACUUUGAUCGUGACAAGUCUCCCAGUCCUAGCCACUGAAAAACAUCCCCAGAGCAUGAUACUGCCACCACCAUGCUUCACCGUAGGGAUGGUGCCAGGUUUCCGCCAGAUGUGACGCAAUCUUGGUUACAUCUGGCCACUCUACCAUAAAGGCCUGAUUUGGUGGAUUCCUGCAAAGAUAUCUAUCUUUUUUUAUAAUUUAAAAGUUUACAACUUUUUUCUCCCCAAUUCCAUGGCAUCCAAUUGGUAGUUGGUCUUGUCUCAUCGCUGCAAUUCCCAUACAGACUAGGAAGAGGUGAAGGUUGAGAGCUGUACGUCCUCCGAAACACAACACAACCCAGCCAAGCUGCCCUUCUUCUUGACACAAUGCCCACUUAACCCGGAAGCCAGCCACACCAAUAUGUCGGAGGAAACACCAUACACCUGGCGACCGUGUCAGC